AUGUCGACAUCUGCAGAGGCACGACUGUCUAUGCCAAAUAUAACUCAGUCACCAUCUCAUAGUCACAAUCUAGACAAUAAGCAUAUGCUGGAUUCAACUUAUCCACCAUUGGUGUUUUCAGCUCCUAAACACAAGGAUUCAAAUACGCGCUUGACAUCUAUUGACCCAGUACGAAUAGCAGCCAUCAUGCCUUCUCUUAAGCAGACUACAGACUCUAGCAGUCAAAAUAUUGAUUUUAAUAAGAUCUUCAAGCUAUUCACUGGAAAACAUACUUCAAAACUUUACGAGCGACAUGUAGCUGUUGUUGAAAAACUUGUCAAAAUCUACCAUGACGGAAUCACUAGCAAAGACCUUGUUUCUGUCGCAAAUGUUCUCGUACUUGCUUCAGAAAAAAUAAAAUUAGGCGGAACUGAGCUCAUUCAACCACUGUACAGGCUAAUACACGCAAUAAUAACCAUCAACAUAUCAUUAAAAGAAAUGAAUGAAUCGUCGAAAGUAUGCGAAUCAAUUACAUAUAUGAUCAACUCUCUAUCCAGCAUUUUGGCACUGGAUGACACAAACCUUGAACACAUUACCACCGAAGCCGUGUUUGCUUAUUCUGGUGGACGAAUCAUUAACCCAGAUGAUGUAAAUACUCACAGAAUAGUGUUUUCGUUAAAAAAGAACGAUCCAUUAUUUAAACCAAAGAGUUCUGGCAAGCAUGACGAAAAUGAAAUUGACAAGCGUGCACAGCUAAUGCUUGAAUGUGCUAGCAAAAGCAAUGCUGUUGAUGAAAUUUCAAAAUUGCUUUUAAACAGUCCGACUGUAUCCAAACGUGUUGGUUUAUUAAAGUGUCUAAUAUGUUUAUCAAAAAGCGAAACAUGUGUUAUCCAACUGGUUGAUGCAGGAUCUAUACAGACUUUAUGCAAUAUAAUCGAGGAAAAUCAAACGCCAGUAACGUUUUACGCAAUUGAAAUUUUAUGGAAUGCCAUAGCAAGCUCCUCAGCCAGUCAAGUAUCGGAAUUGUUGGGAACAACCGAAAACUUGGCUAUUUUUAAAGAAUUGUUUGAUGAUUUGGCAUUAAACUCGCAUCGUCAAGCCAACAAACAAAUGCGAAAUGAUCUACUCACUUUAUUUACAAGUAUUUUAACCAACUGUAAAGCUGCGUUGCCUGCAUUUGUUGAAACAAAUUUGCUUGAUUCUGUUAGUUUGUUUUUGACGCACCCAGAAAUCAAUCACUCGCACUCUGUCUCGAUACAAAUUAUACUGACGUCAGGAAACGACGAUUUUGAAUUCAAGAGAUUGCUGAUUACACUUGCAUCCAAAAUGAUUGACCAUCUAGGAAUGCUUUCUUCUUUUCUUGAGAACGGCAUUUUAAAGUUCAUGAUGGCAUAUCUUGUUUCGGAAAGCACUAAUCCAACCAUCUCCUCUUGGUCGGAUUCACAACUACGUAUACUACAAGGACAGAUUUUGGGACUCUUGUCUAGCAUUGUUCCGCGAAUAUCUCGCGAGUUUCGAGCAUCUGAUGGAUAUAACCAUCUUAAAAAGUUCCUUGAUCAUACUAUCCACCAAGGACAGUUGCCCACAGCUUCUAGAAUCGAUGUGGCAAGAGAGCAUCACACUGUGCUAAAUUCUUUGCUUGGUGUUGUUCUCCGCCUAACAGAGAUUGGACCAACAGCGAAAAAAACACUAGCUUCCCUCAAUAUAUUCACAAACCUACUGAAUUUGUUAGAUGAGCCAAACCAGCCCAUUCAAAUUUGGUGCACCUCGUUGAUGAUUUGCUCUUCACUUUGUCAAGGAUACAAAGCCAAUAAAACUGAGUUUGGCGAUUGUGAAGGAGUAAAAAAAAUCAUUCCGUUUCUCAAAUACCGGUCAGCCGAACACCAGAUACAAGAAUCGGUCAUAUUUUCAGUGGUGGAAUGUGUUUGGGGUGUCAUUUGCGGAAACUGUGCAAACGAAGAGUGUUUUUUACAAAAUCAAGGAAUAUCUCUUAUGCUGGACAUUUUGGAAAAUACUACUUUGAAAAUGAGACGCCAUAUUCUUGGAUGUUUGCUUGAUCUGCUGGAAAAUCCAAAAUGCAUUUAUCAUGUACUCAACUGGAAAAUGCAACAAGAUGUCAACAAAGGAAUCGAGCAUUUACUUGUGGAAAUCUGGAAUGGCGAAGAAGCUAGACUUCAAGUUUCACAAAAUCAGUCUGGAUUUAUCAACAAAAACCAUAACUGCCCACUACUCGAUGGUAAUCAGCCAAAGGUUGAUUUAGCGAUGAAUAAAAUUGAGCAAGAUGGCGGAAGAGCAAUUCAAGAAAUACAAGAGAAUCUGAGAGCCAAGGUCUAUUCUAUGUUUUUCAAACUUGGGUUUGAACGAUUUCAUGACUCGCUUUCAACCCAAGAGCAAAUUAAACUUGCAAUGAUUUCAAAAUAUCUUGAUUUCAAGAUCGGAGAAGUAUGGCUGGAGAUUGCCGAUGAGUUGAAGUUUGAAGGAAUUCGACCAGUUUCUCCGGAUCAAGACUGUAUCAAUACAGUGCAUGCAGUGAUAAAGAAAAAGGCAGAGGGAGUGUAUCAACGACAGAGUGAGAUUCAACGCAAAGCUGACGAAAUCAAAAAGAAACAAGAAACCUUGUUUUACGAGGAUAUGAGGAUUCGGGAAAUACUAAGAGCUCAACAAAAUGCUCGUCCACAGAUAGAAAGUCGUUUUCAACGGAAAUCUAGCCAAUAUUGAUGGGUGAUGCAUUUAAGCUUGUAUGAAAAAUGUAGUGUGAGGCUUUGGAUAUCAACCAUAUAAACUAUCAAAAUGAACGAAUGUUGAUGAAAACU